UCUCGCGAGGUUUUGUUCGUCGUCUCGCGGGAUUUUGGCUAGUUGCAUUGAGUUGAAGAGGACUUCAUCCGUCUUUUUUCCUGAGAAGCAGCAAGGGUGCACACGCUGGUUGUGUGCCGGUGCAGAGUCAUCAAUCAUGGUGCUUCUGCAUGUGUUGUACGAGCACGCAUCUGGAUAUGCUUUGUUUGCUGUUAAAGAGGUGGAGGAGAUCGGCAUGCUACUACCUCAAGUUGAGAGUAGUGUGCUGAGUCUUGGAAAGUUCAAUAGUAUUGUGAGCCUCGUUGCCUUUUUCCCCUUCAAGUCGGCACAGGGUGCCCUGGAGAACAUAAAUGCCAUUUCUGAAGGUGUAGUACAUGCAGACCUGAAGUUGUUCCUUGAGACAAACCUUCCUCACUCCAGCAAAAAGAAAGCUGUGCUGGGUGUCGGUGAUGCCAAAAUUGGAGCUGCCCUACAAGAAGAAUUCGGUUUUUCCAUCCAGACCAGUGGCGUUGUGGCUGAAAUAAUAAGAGGUAUACGCCUGCACUUUCACAUGCUGGUGAAGGGGCUAACUUCUCAGGCGGCAUCCAAAGCCCAACUGGGUCUGGGCCACAGCUACUCCAGAGCAAAGGUCAAAUUCAAUGUCAACAGGGCAGACAACAUGAUUAUCCAGUCUAUUGCAUUGCUGGAUCAGCUCGACAAGGACAUCAACACUUUUUCCAUGCGUGUGCGCGAAUGGUAUGGCUACCAUUUCCCCGAGCUGGUUAAAAUCGUGCCCGACAACUCCAUGUACUGCCGUCUCGCUCAGCUCAUCGGUAACAGGAAGGAGCUGACGGACGAGAGCGUAGAGAGUCUGGAGGAAGUGGUCAUGGACAACGCCAAGGCUCAGGCGAUCCUAGAGGCAUCCCGCUCUUCCAUGGGAAUGGACAUUUCGCCCAUUGACCUGAUCAAUAUCGAGAGGUUCUCCAACCGCGUGGUGUCUUUGGCUGCCUAUCGACUGGAACUACAGGAGUAUCUGCGCUCCAAGAUGGGUCAGGUGGCUCCCAACUUGGCCGCUUUGAUUGGAGAUGUGGUGGGUGCACGUCUGAUCUCCCACGCCGGCAGCUUAACCAACCUGGCAAAGUACCCCGCUUCUACCGUCCAAAUCCUGGGAGCGGAAAAGGCCCUGUUCAGAGCACUAAAGACUCGCGGCAACACACCCAAAUACGGCUUGAUCUUCCACUCGACCUUCAUCGGCCGCGCCGCCGCCAAGAACAAGGGCCGCAUCUCCAGAUAUCUGGCUAACAAGUGUACCAUUGCCUCUCGCAUCGACUGCUUUUCUGAGUUGCCGUCCAGCGUUUUUGGUGACAAACUGCGUGAACAAGUGGAAGAGCGUCUGUCAUUCUACGAGACCGGCGAAUUACCACGCAAGAAUGUUGACGUCAUGAAAGAGGCUGUGAAGGAGGCUUCUGAUGUCGCCGUUGAGAUGAAGCGUAAGCUCGACAAACAGGAGAAGAAACGCAAGAAGCGUGAAAAGAAGCUGCAAGAGCUCCAAGCAAACGGUGACACAGAGGUGAACGGAGAUGCCGAGACGCCUGUAGGGAAAAAGAAAAAGAAACGCGCCACCGAGGAGCUGGAACCCGAGGAAACUCCUGCUGCAGAAAAUGGAGGCGGUGACGCUUCUGCCAAGAAGAAAAAGAAGCGAAAGGCUGUGGCGGAGGAGGAGGCUGAGGUAGAGGAAGCCGAAGUUUCAGUCAAGAAAAAGCGAAAGUCGCAAGCAGCUGAGGUCGAGCCAGAAGAUAUCCCAGAGACUCCAGUGUCUGAGAAAAAAAAACGAAAGAAGAAAAAUGUGGAGUGAAGAAUGGGUCUGAGACUGUUAUUUUUGUGUACAGUUUUUUUUCCAUUUAUUAAAUUUGACUGAUUUUAUGUUACCUGGCAGCAGGUGAGACUAUACAGAGAUAUUUUACCUGUGCCUUCAAAUGACCUGAAUGUUGUAAUUAUGUAAAUAAAUUCUCAGUCACUAUUUAGUCAAGUAAA